GCGGGUUUUUUUCUAUAUUUAUUUUAUACGGAUUGUAUUUAUUCAUUUGUUUGACCGAUCUCAUCAGUUUGUUGUUCAAUUAGAAGGUCACUGUGAUGCUCCACUCUGCAAUUUCAUCACCGCGAGAUCAAUUGUCCUUUUUGGAAUUGAGCAUCAGUGAUGCGAUCAACCUGAUGGUGAUGAAAAUGCAAGGACUUUUUGUAGACAAGUUCUUGCCUUUGAUAUCUUGUUUAGCGAUGCUAUCAACACCUCAUUGGCUGGAAUUGGAAGUAAUUAAUCUUAUAUUAAGUUUAGUGAUGCUAUUAACACUUGAGUAAUUCUCUUUUUCAAAAGCAAAAGGCUAAAAUGCUGGGCCAUAACAUGCACCUCUUGCCCCCAAAAACUUCAGUAAUCGUCGCUUUACUGUCUCUCUACGCAUUCUACACUAAUAAUGUGUUUCCGCUUGUGUAUUACUUUAAGCUGAGCUUGUUUUAUAAGUCUUUUGUCUUCUCAUUACCUUCACCCAUUACUUCAGAUUCACAGUUUUACACAAAAAGGUUUGAUAUUUGAAUUCCAGGUUUUUAACUUUAAUUGUACUUGCAAUGUUGAUCUGUCUGGACUGAUUCAAUCUGCUUGAUACGUAUUAUGUUAAUACCAACCUGGAAUUUAGUACGGUCUCUGUCAUAACUGCUUCUAGAGAUCGUAUUAUUUUUGUUCUACGUUCCAGUUCAUCACUUAUCAGUUGUAGGAGGUGGAAUUUACAAUUAAGUGCUGCAUUCGGGUUGUUUAGAUACGAAUCAUGUUUGUUAUCCGCGUAACCCCUGCCUACUUAUGAAACUUAAUACCGCAAAUUUUUAUUUCUCAUUAGCUCCUGUCGUGUUCAGCAGGAAAUAGCUUCUGCCACUUUACUUACUGAAAUUCUUCAGAGAAGGGAUAAAAAAAAGACAACCUCUUAACAAUUCAUAGCUAGUCCGACUAUGGAGAACAAGAUAAACUUGAAGGCUUUGGUGGAUAAGCGGAGCAACAAAGUUAUCUUCAUAGAGUCCGACCAUGCUUUUGUCGAUGUUCUCCUAAGUUUCUUGACAAUCCCCUUGGGAACAAUAAUCAAGCUUGGUCGUGAGCAUUCAGUACCAGUGGAAAUCGACUGCAUUAACAAUUUGUAUUCAAGUGUAGAGGAGAUUGACGCGCGUGAGUUGCGGUCAGAUGCAUGUAGAGAAAUGUUGUUACUUCCCCGCAAUGCUGCUGAAUCUCAUUGCAAGAACCUUGUAUUGCAAAUUGAUCACAAUGCCAAGCCAACACAGUACUUUGUAUGCUCUCGUUAUUGCCUGGCCACAGCCACAAGUAAGUUCUUUAGUUACUACCCAGGUCUCUUGUGUGUAGGGUGCAUGGAUACCAUGCAUCGGGAGAUUUCAUUUUCGGUGGAUGUUGCAAGCGCCUUUGUAAAAGAGCGAGUCAGGCUUCUAAUUACCGAUGAUUUACAACUGAUCUCCCCUUUUUGCACAUCAAUCGUUUCUUUAUUUACCAAGCUUGGAGUCACCAAUAGGAAUACUACGGAGGAGUUGCAUUUUAAUAUUGGAGUUGAUGAGGUUAUGAAUUUGCUUAUAAGCUCCUUAGUAUCAAAGACGCCAUUGACCGAAACUCUACUGAAGCAUAAACCCGUGGCCGAACUGAACCAUGACAACAAUUAUCAAGCUGUACACAUUGAUCCGCAAACAGGAGGAGAGACGGUGUUGAUGGAAGAAGACAACAUUUCUAUUAAGCUUAUAAUUAGCAAAUCUAAGAACAUUGUUUGCUACGCAGAAGCCGGGGAGGAUUUUGUUAAUUUACUCUUCAGUUUUCUAACUCUGCCACUUGGGUUUGUAACAAAGCAGAUACAGGAUGGGUCUCUGAAGGGAUGCAUUGAUAAGUUGUACUGGAGUGUCCAAGAUCUCGAUGCGCAAUACUUGAAGUCAAAUCAUCACAAGGAAAUGCUACUCAAUCCGAAGCUUGUUCCUGGUUUUUGCUACAACAGUCUUUUAGGAAUUGAGGAAGCCUCAUAUUAUUAUCUCGGCAGUGGGCUAACUACUGUUAGUUCCCUUAUCCAUUCUAAUACGUCAUCGGAGUCAUUUAAAAUCGAACCCACAGAUCACAACUCCAGUGCUCGAGGAUUUUUAAAAGGACCAGCGAUUUUCACAGUAACUGACAAUCUGGUCAUAAGACCGAUAUCUACAAUCUUUGAGCUGUCUGUUCUUGACCAAUUGAAUGUACCUUUCACUGACAUUGAAGAAAGAGUUAUGCUUAUGGGCAAGAAGUUGGCUCUGAGUCUUUUGGUAGCUUCUUUUGCUUCUGACUCUGCAUUAACGAAUGCCUUCAUUAGCGAGCCAUAUCAAGAAUAACCAGAGCUUGGUUACAUUUGAUGAAGAGGAUACGAUGAUUUUGUUUCAAAAUAGGACUGUAAUGUUUUCAUGAUUAUGCAGACUUGAGAUUGGUGUUUGCGUGUGUGUGUGUGCAAGUUCGAACAUCCAAGUUUCAUUUUAAU